AUGAAUGUUAUUUCUAAAUUCAUUUCUAUUCCAGGUUCGUUAACUCUUUCUACCGGAAGUGAUGAAGAAUAUUCGUCUGAGUCAAGCAGCAGUGAGGAUGAUUUUAGCAAAGAUCAAGAUCCAGAUCAAAAUUCACAGAACGAAAUACACAGUGAUUGCGUCGAUAACAUGGAAAUGUCCCCUUUUCCUCGUCCAGAAACACCACUUCCACCGCAGCCACCGACACCUCCCACAACACCAAUAUUCCCAUCAGACUCUCCAAUAUCCCCACAAUUUCCGGGAUUUGUCUCGCCUCCAUCUUACACAGUUUACUCUUCUUCGUCAUCAUCGUCUUUUUCUUCAUCGUCCAUUAUCACUUGUCCAACGACGUCAACGAGUUCGUGGCUGUCAUCCGAUUUCUGUUCCGUUUCACUGAGUCAAAAUUUGAUCUCGUCACCAACUUCGGUUCUGACUUCUCCCGAAGAAAAGUCAUUUGCUCUGAGCGUUUCGCCCUCGUUUAGAUAA